AGAGCUGCGAGAUGAUCGUUGCGCUACUUCCUCUGCUCAUCGUCGCCCGUGCUGCCUUUGCGCUCGCUGCACCUCAUAUUGUCGAUCCUCACAUCCCAGGAUGCCCUAUCUACGACAACUCAUGCGGACCUGAUCUCACUGAUCACAAGAAGAUCUGCUGUAAUGCCUGGGGCGAGUACAAAUGCUUCGAGGGGUGUGCAACUUUUGGCAAAGAUUCUCAGUUCCAAUGCUGCAUGAACGGCAAAGCGUCCGGCCGUUGUGGCCCCUUUGGUGUGGCCGAGCGAAGCAACGAGCACGAUGCUGCGUACAACCUGGAUGGUUCGAGCUGCUGCUGGAAAGGCAAGGGCACGUCCACUUGCUGCGAUUUCCACGGCGAUCGUCAUUGCUUCUCAGAGACGUGCGACGUCUUCGCCAAUGAUUAUCGCUGCUGUGCAUCUUCACAAGGCUCGGCUUCGUGUGGACCUUUCGGCGUGGGUCCUUGAACAGACGAGGCAAUAGUCAAACAGUGAUGCAUGCUCCUUGUUGCGACAGUAGUCAGUCCCUUGUUGUCCGAAGCGCGUGAGAUCGGUU